AUGUAUGUGUGUACCGUGGUAACGCUUCUGGCCAUGGCAUCUAUUUACACUAGCAAUGACAGUAUUCCGAACAAUACUCAACCAGUGGGGUCAAACCCAGUCAUAAUCGCCAAUGUGGAUUAUCUCGGAGAGCAACGCACCAACAGUUGCACCCAUCGUGACCUAGGAUUUUUAGGCCAGCUUACUGGUCGCUGGUAUGCUGUUUAUGGAGACACACUCUGGUGCAAGGCCAGUGUAACCGAGCCCAGCCAAGACCCUGAAGGGUUUCAUGGCAUGGUGCGUGAUAGUAUUGCUGAAUGCAGUGAUAGCGCGCUAAGGGUAAAAUUCACUCAACUCAAUGAAGACAGCCCAGUAGCACAUCCCAAGCAGUUCAUUCCUUGUAAUGAAGCGUGGGGCAAGACCCUAACGACCGGGUUCGGCGGUACCAGCCUAUGCCCCGUAGACGAUGACAACAGUCUUAUUUUCUACCUGGUCAACCAAAAUCCUGAUGGCCUUGUCGGGGCUGGUGCGGCGCAGGUCCAACUGAGUAAUGACAGUCCGACGGUUGUGAAACGCUACGGAGAGAACGGCUGGUGGUGGAACGCAACGCAUGAAGCUCGCUACGGUCUACAUUUAUGGCUGGGGCGAUACGAGUUCCUGCACGAGAAGCCUGGGAUAAGAGACAGUAUGAAUACUGGUGGGGACGUAACAGUGCUGGAAACAAAACACACCCUUAACCACGUUCAACAAGGAGACUGCUUUGCAAUCCGAACUGCGCCGGCCCCUGAAGGGCCCUGGUCAGAUGAUGUCAAGGUCUAUACUCCAACCCCGAUUGAUAGUGGUUUUACAUAUGCCCCCGGAGUGCAUCCCUACCUCGAUUCUGCUGGCAAGACCCUCACUAUAUCCUACACAAACAAAAACCAUAUCCAAGUGAUUAAGGUCACGCUUGAAUAG